ACACACACCAGGUCUGUCUAGCCACCAAAGAGCUGUUGAGGCUAUCAGCCUAUUUAGUUAUUUUGAUUGGGUACCAUUUUCUGAGUCUGUAUUUAAUAUCAGAUAGCAGCCCGUCCCUAUGGGUAUCCUAUCUCACUGUGAGGACGCAUUAACAAACUGAAGAGGGGAACCAACGUGCUCUGAAUACAGACACAAACUAUUGAGACCUACUGUAGCCUUGCUCCUUUAGGACAAAGCCAACAGCUAAUCGAUCAGAGGACUUGCUGGUUAGCCUAUAGGUGACCUAUAAUAGGUCUAUCUGUUUUCUAAUUAAACCAGGAAAACGUUUUCAGUUUUAACACGUUAUUUUAUCGGGAUUAUUCACCUGUUCUUUUUUAAUCAUCUCCGCUUUAUUCCAGAGGGAGACAUUGGCCAUCCGCCAUCGGUUCUCUCCGAAGCGCACAGAAAAUAAGCAGUAGCCUACACACACAAGCAAGUCCCCACAGACGAGAGCUGUCUCUUGCUUUGACAUGCUGUAGUGGUUUUGACUGGACUUAUGGCUUCGUUGUAUCAGAGAUUCACCGGUAAGAUUAAUACAAAUAACUCUUUCCCGCACCCACCUGAGGCCAGCCACCUACUCGGCGGACAGGUCGCGGACGAGGAGAACAACACAGGGAAGACCUCUCAGUCCGUCGCCGACGGCAGACCCCAUGUUCCCUAUCGAAAAAAAAAUGCGAACGAGGACGAGCAUGACCUGGUGGGCAGUGCACCUCCACAGAGGAACUGGAAGGGGAUAGUCAUCGCCCUGCUGGUCAUCUGCAUCAUCUUGUCUCUGAUCGUCACCUCUGUCAUCGUGCUCACCCCAAUUGCAGAUGAUAGCCUUGCCCUCAAAAAGAAAGUCACCAUCGAGGACAUCUUUGGAGGAGAUCUUCAUGUGCAUGACCCCGACGCUACAUGGCUCAGCGACAAUGUACUGCUGUAUCGAACACAAGAAGGGGAUGUGGUCAAACUCAACGUCAAAACACAGGAUAGGGUCGUUUUGGUGGAGAACAGGAAGUUUGAAAUCUACAAAGCCACCAAGUAUCAAAUAUCUCCAGACCUGGAACAUGUGUUGUUGGCCUACAACGUGGACCCAGUCUACCAGCACUCCUACAUGGCCUGCUACAUUAUCUGUAGUCUCAUCACCCCGGAAACGUGGAGUCUGAAUCCUCCUGAGGUACGGAAAGCCCCCCUACAGUAUGCUGGAUGGGGACCCAAGGGCCAACAGUUGAUCUUUAUCUUUGAGAACAACAUCUACUACAGAGCGACAGUGGAGAGCAGAACCUUUCGCCUGGUGUCCACAGGGAAGGAGGGAGUCGUCUUCAACGGCCUGAGUGACUGGCUGUACGAGGAGGAGAUCCUGCAGACCCAUAUAGCCCAUUGGUGGUCUCCAGACGGUCUCAGACUGGCCUACGCCACCAUCAACGACACCCUGGUGCCCAAGAUGGAGGUCCCCAUCUUCACUGGCGCCUCGUAUCCAACAGGGCUGGAGUAUCACUACCCUAAGGCUGGGGAGAACAACCCUGUUGUACAUCUGUCUGUGGUGAGUCUGAACGGCCCCGUUCACACGGUGGAGAUAAAGAAACCAGACGACCCCAGGAUAGGAAGUGAAUAUUACAUCACAAUGGUAAAGUGGGCCACCAGCACCAAGCUGGCAGUCAACUGGCUGAACAGAGCUCAGAACAACUCCAUACUGACACUGUGUGAGGCCACCACAGGAGUCUGCACCAAGAAACAUGAGGAUGAAAGUGAGGGCUGGCUACACAGACAGAACGAAGGGCCACUCUUCUCCCAUGACGGAUACAAGUUCUUCUUCACCAGAGCUGUUCCUCAGGGUGGAAGGGGAAAGUUCUUCCAUAUCUCCAUGUCCACCUCCCAGCCCAAUACCAGCACAGACACUCUGCAGUCCCUAACAUCAGGAGACUGGGACGUCACUCAGAUACUGGCCUACAGCCAAGACAGGCAGCUCAUAUACUUUUUGAGCACAGAGGAUGAUCCAAAACGACGACACCUCUACAGUGCGGACACCAAUGGCCCAUUCAACCGUCGCUGUCUGUCGUGUGAGUUCAAGUGUGGCUAUGUGGAUGGCUCCUUCAGCCACAACAUGCAGUACUUCCUGCUCAACUGUAAAGGCCCUGAUGUACCCAGUGUUGCCAUCUACAGCACCAAAGACAAACAGAAGGUCCUGGACCUGGAGACUAACGAGGGAGUGAAUAACACGUACCACAACAUGCAGAUGCCCAAAGUGGAGUACGAGACCAUCACCAUAGACGAUUACACUCUGACAAUGCAGAUCCUGAAGCCAGCUGGUUUCAUAGACACAGCUCACUACCCCCUACUGCUACUAGUGGACGGAACGCCUGGCGGACAGAUGGUGACAGAGCAGUUCCGUGUGGACUGGGCCACGGUGCUGGUGAGCAGUUACAGCACCAUCGUGAUCCGCUUCGAUGGCCAUGGGUCCGGGUUCCAGGGCACCAACCUCCUCCACCGCAUCAGGAGGAAACUGGGCGUGAUCGAGGAGAGGGACCAGAUGGAGGCCCUCAGACUGAUAUCCAAAGAAAUGUACAUCGACAAAAGUCGAAUUGGAGUAUAUGGAAAGGUUUAUGGAGGAUAUUUAGCCACCAUGCUUUUAAGUUCUGAAGACUCCAUGCUUAAAUGUGGAGCCGCCGUCUCACCCAUCACAGAUUUCGAGUUAUACGCUUCAGCAUUUUCAGAGAGAUACCUUGGAUCACCUAAGACAGACUCUCGAAUAUACUCGAUGGCAAGUUUAGCACACCGGGCAGGUAAUCUCAUGGACAGGAAGUACAUGAUCAUCCAUCCAACUGCUGAUGAGAAAGUCAAUUUCCAGCACUCUGCAAAAUUCAUCAACCAUUUAAUCAACGAGAAGGCAAAUUACUCUUUACAGAUCUACCCAGACGAGGGACACUUCCUGCAUAGCGAUGGCAGACGGCAACACCUGAGCCAAUCACUGGUCAACUUCUUUGAGGAGUGUUUCCGACUGCCGGACUUACCGAGCGAGGAAGAGAAGGACAAAGAGGACGAGGGAGAUGGUUAAACCAGCUGACACAUGGUUAACGCUCUGGCCAGUUACUACAGCACAAUAUGCAACAGAUCUUUCUGUUACCCCCACCCCUAGCCUGGUUCCAGAUCUGUUUGUGCGGUCUUGCCAGCUCUGACAAUUAUCAUUUAGAGUUGACAUUGGCAAAACAGAUCUAGGACCAGGCUAACCUACUCCAUCCUCUGUAUAAUUUGGGCUCCUCUUUAGAGCACAGUACCUGCAUGUACCAAUAGCCUCACACCUCACCCUUUUCCCCUUCUUCUUCAUCACUUCUGGUUGGCUGACAACUGGACUGGCCAGCAGACAUCAAAUGGUGGUGCUGUUUUAACAUCAGAAUCAUGGACACAAUCAUCAGAAACUUUCUGGUUGUUGGUGAAUUAUGUCAUUUAUAAUGAUGGUACCAACAACAGGUAG